UCUAGUGCAACCUCCGGACUUCCGGACACCUCUUCUCGCUCAACAAAAGUAGCCCGUCAGGCCUUAAUCUUCUCAUUGCGAUUCUAGCAAGCAGAUAUCAAUAUUCUCUCUCGUUCUUUGGGAAUCAAGCUCUCUUAACACAAGGAUUCUUGAUUUUUUCAAGAACCGUUGUAAUUCUUUUUCUUGAAGCAGACUUUCGUGUUCUACUUUUCCACUGCCCAUAAAGAAUCUAUUAGGAGUAUUCCUGGCGAUGAAUCCUGAGAAGUUCACCCACAAGACCAAUGAGGCCCUUGCUGCGGCUCAUGAACUGGCUAUGAGCGCUGGCCAUGCUCAGUUCACCCCUCUUCACUUUGCUGCAGCUUUAAUUUCUGAUCCCCAUGGCAUCUUUCGACAAGCAAUUGCCGGUGCUGGUGGUGGUGAUGAAGCUGCAAAUUCAGUCGAGAGGGUUAUCAACCAAGCUAUGAAAAAGCUGCCUUCGCAGUCGCCUCCACCUGAUGAAAUCCCUGCAAGUACUUCUCUGAUCAAGGUCAUUCGACGUGCUCAAUCCUUGCAAAAAUCGCGAGGUGAUACCCAUUUGGCAGUUGAUCAAUUGAUUUUAGGCCUUCUGGAGGAUUCUCAAAUCCAAGACCUAUUGAAAGAGGCUGGUGUGACUACUUCUAAGGUGAAAGCGGAAGUUGAGAAAUUGAGAGGAAAAGAAGGGAGGAAGGUGGAGAGUGCAUCAGGUGAUUCUACAUUUCAAGCGCUUAAGACAUAUGGACGUGACCUUGUCGAGCAGGCUGGAAAGCUUGACCCUGUAAUUGGUAGGGAUGAAGAGAUUCGGAGAGUUGUCAGGAUUCUUUCAAGGAGGACUAAAAACAAUCCAGUCCUCAUUGGAGAGCCUGGUGUGGGUAAAACUGCGGUGGUUGAAGGACUAGCUCAGAGAAUUGUUAGUGGGGAUGUUCCAAGUAAUCUUGCUGAUGUGAGGCUUAUAGCAUUGGAUAUGGGUGCAUUGAUCGCGGGAGCAAAAUACAGAGGUGAAUUUGAAGAGAGACUAAAGGCUGUUCUGAAGGAAGUAGAAGAGGCUGAAGGAAAGGUGAUUCUGUUUAUUGAUGAAAUCCAUCUGGUUCUGGGUGCUGGUCGGACUGAGGGAUCGAUGGACGCUGCCAAUCUCUUCAAGCCAAUGCUUGCAAGGGGUCAGUUGAGGUGUAUUGGUGCCACGACUCUUGAGGAGUACCGGAAGUAUGUGGAAAAAGAUGCUGCUUUUGAGAGGCGGUUCCAGCAGGUUUAUGUUGCUGAGCCAAGUGUCACUGAUACGAUCAGUAUCUUGAGAGGUCUAAAAGAGAAGUAUGAAGGGCAUCACGGUGUUAAAAUUCAGGAUCGAGCCCUUGUAGUUGCAGCACAACUCUCAGCUCGUUACAUUACUGGGAGACAUCUGCCAGACAAGGCAAUUGAUCUGGUUGAUGAAGCUUGUGCUAAUGUGAGAGUCCAGCUUGACAGUCAGCCUGAAGAAAUUGAUAAUCUGGAGAGGAAAAGAAUUCAGUUGGAGGUUGAGCUUCAUGCUCUUGAGAAGGAGAAAGAUAAAGCUAGUAAAGCUCGGCUCAUUGAAGUGCGGAAGGAACUUGACGACUUGAGAGAUAAGCUACAACCAUUAAUGAUGAGAUACAGGAAAGAGAAGGAAAGAAUUGAUGAGCUCAGGAGACUAAAACAAAGGAGGGAUGAGCUCUUGUAUGCCUUACAAGAAGCUGAAAGGAGAUACGAUCUUGCAAGAGCUGCAGACUUGAGAUAUGGAGCAAUUCAAGAAGUGGAAGCUGCCAUUGCUAAGCUUGAAGCUGGUGCCAAUGAGAAUGGAAUGCUUACGGAAACUGUUGGACCAGAUCAAAUUGCAGAAGUUGUGAGCCGCUGGACUGGUAUACCUGUUACCCGUCUUGGCCAGAAUGAGAAGGAAAGAUUGAUUGGCCUUGCUGAUAGGCUGCACCAACGAGUAGUGGGACAAGAUUGGGCUGUUACUGCUGUUGCUGAGGCUGUGUUGAGAUCAAGAGCCGGACUUGGGAGGCCUCAACAGCCAACUGGUUCAUUCCUUUUCUUGGGUCCAACAGGUGUCGGUAAGACAGAGCUUGCCAAGGCUCUGGCUGAGCAGCUGUUUGAUGAUGACAACUUGAUGGUCAGGAUCGACAUGUCUGAGUACAUGGAGCAACACUCUGUUGCUCGAUUGAUUGGAGCACCCCCUGGCUAUGUUGGACACGAGGAAGGUGGGCAACUGACAGAAGCCGUGAGAAGACGACCUUACAGUGUCAUCCUCUUUGAUGAAGUGGAGAAAGCGCAUCCCACAGUGUUCAAUACCUUGCUACAAGUUUUAGACGACGGGAGGCUGACGGAUGGCCAAGGUCGGACAGUGGACUUCACAAAUACUGUAAUCAUUAUGACCUCGAAUCUUGGAGCUGAGUAUCUUUUAAGAGGGCUGAUGGGCAAAUCCACCAUGGAUAGUGCUCGUGAGAUGGUGAUGCAAGAGGUGAGGAAGCACUUCAAACCCGAGUUGCUCAAUCGACUAGAUGAAAUUGUGGUCUUCGAUCCACUUUCCCAUGACCAGCUGAGGAAAGUUUGCCGCCUCCAGUUGAAAGACGUUGCAAGCCGAUUGGCAGAAAGGGGAAUUGCCUUGGGAGUCACUGAAUCAGCAGUGGAUGUUAUCCUAGCCGAAAGUUAUGAUCCAGUAUAUGGUGCACGUCCCAUAAGGAGAUGGCUCGAGAAGAGGGUGGUGACCGAGUUAUCCAAAAUGCUUGUAAGAGAGGAAAUUGAUGAAAACUCAACUGUGUACAUAGAUGCUUCACUAGACGGAAAAGACUUGACAUACCGUGUCGAGAAGAAUGGGGGACUAUUCAAUGCUGCCACUGGGGAGAAGUCUGAUAUACUGAUUCAGAUCCCAAAUGGGGUGCGUGCGGAUGCUGCCCAAGCCGUCAAGAGGAUGAAGAUUGAAGAAAUAGACGAUGACGAUGAGAUGGACGAGUAAAUAGUUUCUGACUUUGUUUGUGUUUGGUGGCUGAAAUAAAAUUUUUGGUGUUUCAAAUAACUAUGUAUGUAAUAUCUUGUAUUUUGUUUCAAGUGUUCACAACUUAAUACAAUCUUUGACUCCUUUUCUUCAUUAUUUUCAUAUAGAAUCAAACGUGUGUUC